AUUCACCAUAUUUUUACACUGGUGCUUAAUCAUCCAUGUUAGUCGACUAUAGUUUUAAAAAAAAAGUUAGUGUUCGCUGAAGAUCGAAUUCGAAGUGUGUUUGUAUAAAUUUGGACCAGUCUGGCGGUUAGGCUUAACAUCGUAGUAACACGACUAUGUAAAGUACAAUUCUUAGUACAUUUACAAAUAAUAGUAUCGUCAUUUACGACUUAUUUCCUCUCGUCUUAGAGAAGAAUUUUAAGAAAGACAUAAGAUGGGAGUUCCGGCUUUCUUUAGAUGGUUGAGUAGAAAAUAUCCGUCAAUAAUCGUUCACUGUGUUGAAGAAAAGGCAAAAUCUGUUGAUGGAGUUAAUAUUCCAGUUGAUUCUUCUCAAUCAAAUCCAAAUGAUGUGGAAUUUGAUAAUCUGUAUUUGGAUAUGAAUGGAAUCAUUCAUCCAUGUUGUCAUCCAGAAGAUAAACCAGCCCCCAAAAAUGAAGAUGAAAUGAUGGUUGCUAUUUUUGAGUACAUUGACCGCAUAUUCAGUAUAGUAAGACCUAGAAGGCUUUUAUACAUGGCUAUUGAUGGGGUGGCUCCACGAGCAAAAAUGAACCAACAGAGAUCCCGACGAUUUAGAGCAUCAAAGGAGUCUGUUGAAAAAACUUCUGAAGUAUCUCGAAUUCGAGAAGAAUUAGAUAAAAGAGGAGCCCAUCUACCACCUGAAAAGCCAAAAGAAGAACACUUUGAUAGUAACUGCAUUACUCCUGGCACCCCUUUCAUGGCUCGUUUAGCCAAAUGCUUAGAUUAUUACAUUCAUAACCGACUUAACAAUGAUCCUGGUUGGAAGAACAUUGAAGUCAUUCUUUCAGAUGCAAAUGUUCCGGGUGAAGGCGAGCACAAGAUCAUGGACUACAUUCGCAGACAGAGAGCUAAUCCAGACCAUGAUCCAAACACACAUCAUUGUUUAUGUGGGGCUGAUGCUGAUCUCAUUAUGCUGGGAUUGGCUACUCAUGAGCCUAACUUUACAAUUAUUCGAGAGGAGUUCAAGCCAAAUCAACCACGUCCUUGUGACAUUUGUGGACAGAUUGGACAUGAGAUGAAGGAUUGUGCUGGACUUCCAAAAGAAAAGCAAGGCAAAUAUGAUGAACUAGAGAAACCUUUAGGUGCCGAAACCCAGUUUAUCUUUCUUCGUUUGAAUAUACUCCGGGAAUACUUAGAAAAAGAACUGACUAUGAGAAAUCUUCCAUUUACUUUUGAUCUGGAGAGAGCUAUUGAUGACUGGGUGUUCAUGUGUUUCUUUGUUGGAAAUGAUUUUUUACCUCAUCUUCCUUCUCUGGAGAUCAGAGAAGGUGCUAUUGAUAGACUUGUCAAUUUGUACAAGAAGACUGUUUAUAAGACAGGAGGUUAUUUAACCAAGAGUGGCUUUGUGAACCUGAGCAGGGUACAGUUGAUUAUGACUGAUUUGGGAGAAGUUGAGGAUGAAAUUUUUAAAUCGAGACAACAGAGGGAGCUGGCAUUCAAACAGAGAAACAAAGAAAAGAAAAAAAGGAUGAAGUUGAUGAAUGACAAACCUGCGUGGAUCCCUCAAGGACAGUUUGCUCCUGUACCUAUAGGUAGUCGUCCUUCCCCUGUACAAAAUGCCCGUCAGGAAGCUUAUCACAUGAGGACUCAGGGGAUGCAUUCUUCAUCACACAGCAGUUCGUCAUCAGGAACAAAAAAUUCCAACUUGGAUGCAGCACAUGCUCUUCGCUCUACACUCAAAAAGGACUCUGAUAGUCCUCAAUCUGGUGGUAGAAGUGAUAAUCACUCUCGAUCUUCAACUGGAGAAAAACGAAAGAGGGAAGAUGAGGGUGGUGACAGCUCUGAUGAGGAGCCACCUGAUGAAGUCAGACUUUGGGAAGAAGGAUGGAAGGAAAGAUAUUAUGAGUCAAAGUUUGAUGUGGAUCCUCAUAAUAUAGAUUUUCGUAUCAAAGUGGCUGCUGCAUACACAGAGGGGUUGUGCUGGGUCCUGCAGUACUAUUAUCAGGGCUGUGCUUCAUGGAAGUGGUUUUUUCCAUAUCAUUAUGCUCCAUUUGCCUCUGAUUUCAUCAAUAUUGGGGACCUGCCCACAUCGUUCGAAAAAGGGACUAAGCCAUUCAAACCACUGGAACAACUGAUGGGAGUGUUUCCAGCUGCUAGUAAGCAACAUCUACCAGAACCUUGGGGGAGGUUAAUGGAUGAUGCUGAAUCACCAAUCAUUGAUUUUUAUCCAGAAGAUUUCAAGAUCGAUCUCAAUGGGAAGAAGUAUGCAUGGCAAGGUGUUGCUUUGCUGCCGUUUGUUGAAGAGAAACGACUGCUUGAAGCCUUGACUGAAGUGUACGGUUUGCUGACUGUGGAAGAGUGUAAACGAAAUGUGCGAGGAGAUGACAGAUUGUAUGUAGCUAAAGGUCAUAAAGGCUAUGAUUUUUUUGGGGGUUUGUAUGAAGGAAGGAAUCCUAAAGACAAAGAGUUUGAAAUUAAUCCCAUCUUGUUUAAUGGAAUGAAGGGAACUGUUCUUUUAUCAGACUCUGCAGUUGGACCUGGCGAAACUGUUCGCUCUGUUAUUGCUGGCCAGGAGGAAGUUCGAAAUAAUCAAGCAGUGUGUAUUAGAUUCAGGGAUCCUUCUUAUCCUGAUGACUUCAUUUUUCCUGCUCGCAGACUCAAGGGUGCUAAGGACCCUCCGCGUGUUCUCAAGCCUGGAGAUUUAAGUCAAGAGGAUAAUCGCCGUUGGCGACCGCAAAUUGGUAUGGCACCUGCUCGUCAGAGGGCAUCUUUGGACUUAAGUGGCAAGAGAAUGCUAAGCCAUAACAUGGAUAGAAGUAGACAUGUUGGUCAGGGACAAUAUGCGACUGUUCCACCUCCUAACCCUACUUUAAACUAUGGCCAGUUUGUACCUUCUUCUGUUCCACGUCCACUUCCUGGGGCUUUUAUGCAGAACCAACAUUCUCUAUUAGGUCUAAAUUCACUGCAACAAGGAAGAAUGUCUGGUGAUAGUUGGGCUUAUAACAGUAGUCAGAGACAAGAAGGAAAUCAGUGGACAGCAAGAGAUGGAGGUACCUGGGGUCCAAUGCCAUAUAGACAGUCGUCCAACCCACCUGACUGGAAUAAUUCAGGUAGUGCAAAUAGUGGAUAUAGAUCCAGACAGUAUGGAAGUGGCAGUUACCAGGAUUAUGAUUCAAGAAGAGGAACAAGUUCUCAACAGCGUUACAGUUGGCGUUAACGACAACACUAUAAAUGUGGCUAAGACUCGUAUUAAAGCACCAUAAAGAUCUUUUCAUUUUCACCUUGUAUAUCUUUUGUCCCAUGAUGUGCAUGAUGGAAAACCGAUUGUUUAUUGGUGUAUAUAUAACCUGGCUGAAUGCCUAGUUUUUAAAGUGUUUUGACUGAGUGUGGAUUUCAUCUUUACGUCAUUUGAAUUCCGGCAAAGAAAAUUUGUCAGAAUUUAAAUGGCAUAAAAAUAUAACAUAUAAGUUUUGUAUUUUUAAUGAUUAUUUUUAUUGGCAUUGAAUAAUUGACAAAAAUAAGCUGUUUUAUUCACAGCGGAAUAAAUUCUUUUAGGAAAAUAAAAUUUGAUUCAUUUGAAAAAUGUUCC